AUAAUAAGGAAGUUAAGACUAUAAUUUCUAAUUUAUCAGAUAAGAGUUUAUAUUUAGCUGAAACUGCCCAGGCAAUAUUAAUAUAUAUACAAGCCACUGAUGAACCUAUUGCUACAGAAAAAAUACUUGAUGAUAAGAGAAUAAUUUUUAUGAUUCAAGCCGAGGAAAAUGAUAAUAAGCCAACCAA